AUGUCAAACAACAGUUACACCAAGGAAGAUAUUGAGAGAAUGAGAAUUGCUAUGGAAGGAGAGACUGCAUUGGAUAGAAUCAAGAGAAAGGCUAAAGAGGAACCUCUUGUACCAGCAGGUGUUGCUUUGACUACAUUUGCUUUGGUCGCAGCCACUGUAGGUGUCAAGACAGGUAACAGAGCCUAUGCAAACAACAUGUUCCGUCUUCGAGUUGCUGCUCAAGGAUUUACUGUUUUGGCCAUGGUUGGAGGCUCCAUCUACUAUCAACAUAAAAAGGAGCAAGAGCAAAAGCAACAACAGCAACAACAAGAGUAA